GUUUAGAUCGAUUUAUUUAAGAACUCGUGGUUUGAUAUUUUUAUUAACUACAGGCAGAAAACGAUGAAAUAACAAUGAAAAUUUUAAAUUACGACGAUUCUUAUUAAUAAUAAUAGACACUUUGCGCUUAGUAAAUAUUUAAAAUAUGGCGUGCAAUGCCUUGUUUAAAUUUAGAUUUUCAUACUACCGGUAUUUUCGUUCGAUGAGGUAUACCUCAACUAAAGCUAGAAAGUUAAAUGUAACUGUACCAAAUAAAGAAUCACCAGAAAAGUUUGAACCAUCUACCGCGGCUGAACUUUUUAUAUCAAACGAACGCGAACGGAUUUUAAAUGAAACUGCUGUGGAUUUCAACAGACUCGAAAAACUCUUUGAACAAUUUGACAUUAUAGAUGAAACAAAAAAAAUUGAAGAAAGUAAUACUACGAAGCCAAAAAAUUUACCAUCUCAGCCAUCAAAAAUUAUUGAGGCAAUUGAAAAUAUUGAAUUUGAUAGUGAAAACUUUGCAGAAUCCAUAACGUUGGCUUCUACCAGAGAUGUUCAAGGUAUUUUAAAUGAAAAGAAAAAGCCACUUUUACGCGGUAGUCCAGAUCCUACAACUCCCAUUAGCAAAACUCCCUGUGGAGGAUGCGGAGCUUUCCUUCAUUGCCAGAAUCCAGGAAUUCCGGGCUAUAUGCCAUCGGAGCAGUUCAAAAUUAUUCCUUCUUAUGAACUAAGGAGCCAUAUAUGUCAGAGAUGUUUUAUGAUGAAAGAACUGAAUGUCGUAACCGAUUUAGCUUUGCCACCAGAAGAAUAUGAAAAUGUAAUCAAAGAGAUAGAGAAUAAAAAUCAUUUAUCUAUAAUAGUAGUAGACCUCUUGGACAUGCCAAAUUCAUUAUAUGCAGGUUUCAAACAGCUAAUAAAUAAAAAACAACCAGUUUAUGUGCUAGGAAACAAAGUAGAUUUAAUCCCGAAAGAUGCUCCCGGUUAUUUGAAGAGGAUCAAUAAUACGCUCAGACAUUAUUGCCAGAAACUGAACAUUGCUCCUCAAAAUAAAAUUCACUAUCUUGGAUUAAUAAGUGCUAAAACUGGUUACGGUAUUGAAGACUUAGUAACCAAAUUACUAAAGGAUUGGAAGAGAAAGGGUGAUAUCUACAUCUAUGGCUGUACAAACUCUGGAAAAUCAACGCUUUUUAACAUUCUUCUAAAGUCAGACUAUUGCGAUAACUGGUCAAAAAAUUUUGUAUUACCUGCAAGCACUUCAAAUUGGCCAGGAACAACUCUAAAUCUCUUAAAAUUUCCUAUUAUGGAACCGGCUGAUUGGAAGAUAGCAAAACGGGAAAAGCGCCUCAAAAGAUUAUAUAACGAAGAGAGAGAGGAGAAGAGAAUAGAGAAUAAAAGACAAAAGGAUUUAAGAACUUCUCCGUUAUACGGAGAAAUCGAGUCAACUUUACUACCUCAUCAGCUACUUAUAGAAAACGAAAACGAUAUGAGUUUUCUUAUAUCGGAUAGUACAUAUGAAUAUAAUUCUGAAAGUAAUUCAGUUCAAGCUAAAAUUGAUGAUCCAAAUUCAUUUAAAGCUGCAAAAUAUGAUGACGACAAGUUUAAGAAACAGAAAUUUUGGUGCUACGAUACACCUGGAUUAGUAAAUCCAGAUCAAAUCAUCAACAAUCUAACUCAAGAGGAAUUAGCGGCCAUUAUGCCGGUUAAAUUAAUAAAGCCAAGAACUUUUCUUAUCAAGCCAAAACAAGUUCUUUUUGCUUCUGGGUUAGGAAGAGUAGAUGUUGUAGAGGCAAAUACUUCUAUCUACUUAACAUUGUUUGCCCAAAAUAACCUUCCGGUUUUUAUUAAAAAAUAUGGAAGGGAAGCUGAUGAUUUUUACGAAGAGCAUAUUGGUUCAGAGACUCUAACAGCUCCAUUAGGCGAUUCUGAUCGUCUAAAUACACUGUCAAGUUUGAUAGGUAAAGAAUUCGUUAUCACUGGGAUUGGUUGGACAGAGAGUGUUGUUGAUAUAACUUUAUCUUCUUUAGGAUGGUUUAGCAUAACUGCAGGAACAGGAAUGACCGUUAAAUUAAGAGUUUACACCCCUGGGGGUGUUGGUAUUCACCAAAGAGAAUCGCCCAUAUUACCAUUUGCAAUUAACAAUAAAGGAAAAAGAUUAAAGCAAAGUCAAGAAUAUUCUCAACUUUCCCAACAGUUAUAA